UUGAUCUAGCGUCGACCCAGCGCCUUUCCCUGCGGCCUGGAUUCGAGGCUAGCAUUGAUCAUUACUCUAGCUCUGCUAUUAAAUACACUGUGCUGGUGUCACGUCGACAGUAGAAAUGGCACUAUCUGUGGCAAGGUUAGGAAAGAAUCUUCUGUCUAAGGGACAUUCUCUCAAGAGGUGUGCAUCAACCUCUGCUGGGAAUGCCACAUAUUUGCAGAGUCUGAUCAACACUCCUGAAACGAAAGUGACCACUCUUCCUAAUGGACUGAGAGUGGCCUCAGAGAACUCUGGAGGGAGCACAUGUACUGUUGGCCUGUGGAUCGAUGCUGGUAGCCGCUACGAAGAUGCUGAAACAAAUGGAACAGCCCACUUUCUGGAGCAUAUGAUCUUCAAGGGCACCCAGAGACGCAGUCAAACACAGCUGGAGUUAGAGGUGGAGAAUAUGGGAGCCCACCUCAACGCCUAUACCUCCAGGGAGCAAACCGUCUACUUCUCAAAGUGCUUCAGCAAGGACAUUGGGCAGUCGGUGGACAUACUGGCUGAUAUCAUCCAGAACCCAACCCUGGGCCAGCGAGAAAUGGACAGAGAGAGGGGAGUUAUCCUCAGAGAAAUGGAGGAGGUUGACCAACAAGUUGAGGAGGUCAUCUUUGACCAUCUCCACACCAUAGCCUACCAGGGUACCCCUAUGUCUCGCACUAUACUGGGCCCCACUAAGAACAUCCAGUCUAUCAGCAGGCAGAACCUCGUUGACUACAUCUCAACACACUACACUGCCCCAAGAAUUGUGGUGGCUGCAGCAGGAGGUGUUGACCAUGACCAGCUGGUGGGACUAGCUGAGAAGCACUUUAACUCUCUCCCUACCACCACCGAUCUGCCACAGCUUACACCAUGCAGGUACACUGGCUCAGAGAUGAGAGUGAGAGAUGAUGACAUGCCAUUUGCCCACAUUACCUUUGCUGUUGAGAGUUGUGGUUGGGCCAACCCAGACUACCUCCCCCUCAUGUUAGCCAGCACCAUUGUGGGUAACUACAACAGGACUGCCGGCACAGGGUCACACUUUGCCAGCAAAUUGGCACAGAAUGUGGUUGAUCUGGAAGACUAUAAAGACAUGAGCACUGGUUGUCAGAGCUUUAUGUCAUUCAACACCUGCUACACUGACACUGGCCUCUGGGGUAUCUACAUGGUUGUGCACAAGAUGUUUAUUGAUGACCUCCGUAUCAAUGUCAUGAAUGAAUGGAUGCGUCUGUGCUUCAGUGUGACUGAUGAUGAAGUGGAGAGAGCCAAGAACGUGUUCAGGACCAGCAUGUUCAUGAACCUCGACGGCUCCACUGCUGUCUGUGAAGACAUUGGCAGGCAAAUGCUUACCUACGGCCGAAGAAUUCCCUUGUAUGAAUUGGACUACAGACUCCAGCAAAUUGAUUCCCAGACAGUGAGAGACGUGAUGACUCGCUAUCUUUACGACAAGUGCCCAGUAAUUGUGGGCAUAGGACCCAUUGAGCAGCUUUUUGAGUACAACCGAAUCCGAGGCGGUAUGUACUGGGCUAGGUCAUAGUGCACAGAGGCGGCAUACUUCUUUAGCAUGAGUUAACUGUUUAGCGUGUAGCCUCACUUCUAUGUCCAUGUUGUGCAUUAUCUGAUGCUUUAAAUAAUAUUUAUAGAAGUUAACUAAAACUGUAAA